CCUGACCUCUGUGUCCCCUGACCCCAGGCCCACCGUAUGCCACCACAGUCCCGGAGCACGCGGCAGUGCAGGCAGGGGAGACCGUGCAGCUCCAGUGCCUGGCACAUGGGACACCCCCGCUCACCUACCAGUGGAGCCGCAUGGGUGGCAGCCUCCCCGGGAGGGUCACCACCAGGAAUGAGAUACUGCGCUUUGAGCCCGCAGCCCCUGAGGACUCAGGCCGCUACCGCUGCAGGGUCACCAACAAGGUGGGCUCAGCGGAGGCCUUUGCCCAGGUGCAUGUCCAAGGACCCUCCAGCUCUGUCCCCGACACCGUCCCAGCAGGAUCCACACCCACUGUUCAGGUCACGCCUCAGCUAGAGACCAAGAGCAUAGGGGCCAGCGUUGAGUUCCACUGUGCCGUGCCCAGCGACCGGGGCACCCAGUUCCGCUGGGUCAAGGAAGGGGGUGAGCUGCCUCCCGGCCACAGCGUGCAGGAUGGUGUGCUCCGAAUCCAGAACUUAGACCAAAGCUGCCAAGGGACAUAUGUUUGUCAGGCCCAUGGACCGUGGGGACAGGCCCAGGCCAGUGCCCAGCUGGUUGUCCAAGCCCUGCCCUCCGUGCUCAUCAACAUCCGGACCUCCGUGCAGACCGUGGUGGUCGGCCAUGCUGUGGAGUUCGAGUGCGUGGCCCUGGGUGACCCCAAGCCUCAGGUGACUUGGAGCAAAGUGGGAGGGCGCCUGCGUCCUGGCAUCGUGCAGAGCGGAGGCAUUGUCAGGAUCGCCCACGUGGAGCUGGCUGAUGCCGGGCAGUACCGCUGCACGGCCACCAAUCCUGCCGGCACCACCCAGUCACAUGUGUUGCUGCUCGUACAAGCCCUACCUCAGAUCUCAACGCCCCCAGAGGUCCGAGUGCCCGCUGGUUCUGAAGCUGUCUUCCCCUGUAUGGCCUCUGGCUACCCCACUCCUGACAUCACGUGGAGCAAGCUGGAUGGGAACCUGCCACCCGACAGCCGCCUGGAGAGCCACAAGCUGCUGCUGCCCUCGGUCCGACCCCAGGACGCAGGCACCUACGUCUGCACUGCCACUAAUCGGCAGGGCAAAGUCAAAGCCUUUGCCCACCUGCAGGUGCCAGAGCGGGUAGUGCCCUACUUCACGCAGACCCCCCACUCCUUCCUGCCCCUGCCUACCAUCAAGGAUGCCUACAGGAAGUUUGAGAUCAAGAUCACCUUCCGGCCUGACUCAGCCGACGGCCUCCUCCUCUACUCGGGGAUGCUGCUGUACAAUGGGCAGAAGCAGAUGCCAGGGAGCCCCACCAGCCUGGCCAACAGGCAGCCUGACUUCAUCUCCUUCGGCCUCGUGGGUGGAAGGCCUGAAUUCCGGUUUGACGCAGGCUCAGGCAUGGCCACCAUCCGCCACCCCACACCACUGGCGCUGGGCCAGUUCCACACCGUGACCCUGCUGCGCAGCCUCACCCAGGGCUCCCUGAUUGUGGGCAGCCUGGCCCCUGUCAAUGGAACCUCCCAGGGCAAGUUCCAGGGCCUGGACCUGAACGAGGAGCUCUACCUGGGCGGCUACCCUGACUAUGGUGCCAUCCCCAAGGCCGGGCUGAGCAACGGCUUUGUGGGCUGUGUCCGGGAACUGCGCAUCCAGGGCGAGGAAAUCAUCUUCCAUGACCUCAACCUGACAGUGCAUGGCAUCUCCCACUGCCCCACCUGUCGGGACCGGCCCUGCCAGAACGGGGGCCAGUGCCAGGACUCAGAGAGCAGCAGCUAUGUGUGCAUCUGCCUGGCUGGCUUCACCGGGAGCCGCUGUGAGCACUCGCAGGCCCUGCACUGCCACCCAGAGGCCUGUGGGCCUGAUGCCACCUGUGUGAACCGGCCUGAUGGCCGAGGCUACACCUGCCGCUGUCACCUGGGCCGCUCAGGAGUGAGAUGUGAGGAAGGUGUGACAGUGACCACCCCCUUCAUGUCGGGCACUGGUUCCUACCUGGCACUGCCCGCCCUUACCAACACACACCAUGAGCUACGCCUGGACAUUGAGUUUAAGCCUUUGGCGCCCGACGGAAUCCUGCUGUUCAGCGGAGGGAAGAGUGGGCCUGUGGAGGACUUUGUGUCUCUGGCAAUGAUUGGCGGCCACCUGGAGUUCCGCUACGAGUUGGGGUCAGGGCUGGCCGUUCUGCGGAGCCCCGAGCCGCUCGCCCUGGGCCACUGGCACCGCGUGUCUGCAGAGCGUCUUAAUAAGGAUGGCAGCCUGCGGGUGAACGGCAGACGCCCCGUGCUACGCUCCUCACCGGGCAAGAGCCAGGGCCUCAACCUGCACACCCUCCUCUACCUCGGGGGUGUGGAGCCCGCAGUGCCACUGCCACCAGCCACCAACAUUAGCGCCCACUUCCACGGCUGCGUGGGUGAGGUGUCAGUGAAUGGAAAGCGGCUGGACCUCACCUACAGCUUCCUGGGCAGCCGAGACAUUGGGCAAUGCUACGACAGCUCCCCGUGUGAGCGCCAGCCCUGCCAGAACGGUGCCACAUGCAUGCCUGCUGGCGAGUAUGAGGUCCAGUGCCUGUGUCAGGAUGGCUUCAAAGGAGACCUCUGCGAGCAUGCGGAAAACCCCUGCCAGCUCCAGGAGCCCUGUCUGCAUGGGGGCACCUGCCAGGGUACCCACUGCCUCUGUCCCCCUGGCUUCUCUGGCCCACGCUGCCAGCAAGGCUCUGGACGGGGCACAGCAGAGUCCGACUGGCAUCUCGAAGGCAGUGGGGGCAACGAUGCCCCUGGGCAGUAUGGAGCCUAUUUCCACGAUGACGGCUUCCUAGUCCUCCCAGGCCGAGUCUUCUCCAGGAGCCUGCCCGAGGUGCCUGAAACCAUUGAGCUGGAGGUCCGGACCAGCACAGCCAGUGGCCUCCUGCUGUGGCAGGGCGUGGAGGUGGGAGCGGCUGGCCGAGGCAAGGACUUCAUCAGUCUUGGGCUUCAGGAUGGGCACCUUGUCUUCAGCUACCAGCUGGGCAGUGGGGAGGCCCGCCUUGUCUCUGAGGACCCCAUCAAUGAUGGCGAGUGGCAUCGAGUGAUGGCGCUGCGAGAGGGCCGGAGGGGCUCCAUCCAGGUGGACGGUGAGGAGCUGGUCAGCGGCCAGUCCCCAGGCCCGAACGUGGCAGUGAACACCAAGGGCAGCAUCUACAUUGGCGGAGCCCCCAGGGUGGCCACGCUGACUGGGGGCAGGUUCUCCUCGGGCAUCACGGGCUGUAUCAAGAAUCUGGUGCUGCACUCUGCCCGGCCUGGCACCCCACCCGCACAGCCACUGGACCUGCAGCACCGCGCCCAGGCAGGGGCCAAUGUGCGCCCCUGCCCCUCGUAGGCAGCUGCCUGCCCCACACGGACUCCCGGGCAGCAUCCUAGCCCCACAGUGUCAAGUAUAUUAUUAUUAAUAUUAUUAUGAAUAUUUCAUAAGAAACUGAGGCGAUGCCACGCUUUGCUGCUACUGCCCUGGGCUGGACUGGAGGGUGGGCACACCACCCCCCACACACCAACACACCUGGGCAAAGCCACAGGCUGUGGGCAGAGCAGUUUGGAUGGGAGCAGGUGCCUCAGAGGGCCACCAGGACGUGGUGUCCAGCACGGUGGCUGAGUGGGCUCAGGACUGCCCCCAGCAAUAAAGCCCCACAAGGGAGAGCUGGGCUGCCCGUGCCCACCGCCCUUGGGCAGCCCUCAUUCCUACAGGAGCCAGCCUUGGCUUACAGCCUGGCGCCCCACAAGCUGCCUGGAGUAGGGGAGCCCAGCGGCCUUUGCAACCUCCUCUGGGUUGGGAAAGCUCUCUAGUGCCAAUGGUGCAGCAAAAGGCAGCUCACCCCCAAGCAGGCCACCCUACCCCCACCGGCCCAUGGCCCAGCCCUCCGCCUCUCCAGCCGGGCCUCCUGCCCCUGGCAGAUCCCCACCACCAUCUCUCGUGGCCUGUAUCUCCCCGACCCAACAGCUGGCCCAGGGACCCCGCCGUAAGGAGCUGCAAGGGAAACGCUACCCCAGCUAUUCCCAGGAGCUGCUACAGGCCAAGCCCAGCACUGGGAGGGUCUCCCUGCCCGUACCAGGCCAUACCCCCCGCUGAUCUGGAAGUGAAGGCCCAGGGGACUUGGGGGGAAGAGGGCACUGAUGGGCAGAAAGAGUUAGUGCCUUGGGUCAGGGAAGCUGGGACUCAUGACUAGGAGGGACAGGAAGGGGACAUGACAGCCCUGCCCCAUCUGUGGGAGCCUGAGGGCCCAACUGAGGGCCCUCCCCACCAGCAGCCCCCAGAUGUGGGUCAGGACGCCUGGCCUCUGUGUCCUAGAAGGGACCCUCCUGUGGUUUUUGUCUUGAUCUUUAAUAAACGGUGCUAUUCCCGCUA